AUGGCGCUGUUCAACCCACUGCAGUUCCUCGUCUUCCCCUUCGUCUUCCUCAUUGCCCUCCCGCUGGCCCUCUGCGCCGGCUUCACCACCAUCCUCGCCUUCCUCGUUUUGUUCCUACGCCUGUUUGCCGUGUACUUCGACAUCGGACUGGAAACGUUACACCUCAUGAUCGUGGGACAUUCCGCCCAGCACCGCUACAUCGCAUCCCGGCGCAACUCUCCGAGCCACCCAGUAGCCGGGCCCUACAGUGGAGACACGCUACCUCCUUCAUCCUCCGCCGGGUCUUCACCAGCGUCCUCAUCAGGGGGUUCCUCCUCCAGAUACCGGCAGCAUCGCCGCAACAACAAGCGGCAAGGCAGCGCCAGCGUCCCCAUCACACCGGGCGUGGGGGCUCCUGGUGUGUAUGCCCGGCCGUCCAGCGCCGGCCUGGACAGGGAUUUUGAAGGGUUAGGCGGGUGGAGGCUCGACAGCGUAGACGUCGACGCGGAUGCUGCGGAGUACAAUCUCAACUCGCGGCUGGAGAUACCCGACCGACGGCACCACUUUAGGACCCAGAGCGGACCUGGUGCCGUGCUGGCUGGCGGAACCACCGGCGUGGGAUUAUAUGCGAAAGCUGGGACCAGGAGCAACGCCCACAGCCCCGUGGGACUGAGGAUGACUACGUCGCCGAAUAGCGCGAGGUCGAGGACACCGACGACCACUAAACCACCCACGUUCACGCGAGUCGACCAUGAUGGCUACUUUCCCCCGUACGAGGGGAAGACUUUGAAGAAGAAAGUCAGUGGCUAG